GUGGACUCGCAGCAGAAGCGGUACGUGCCCGUCAAGGGGGACCACGUAAUAGGAAUAGUGACGGCCAAAGCGGGAGACGUGUUUAAGCUGGACGUCGGUGGGAGCGAGCAGGCGUCGCUGUCCUACCUGGCCUUUGAAGGCGCCACGAAGAGGAACAGGCCAAAUGUGCAGGUGGGAGAUCUUAUUUAUGGUCAGUUCCUUGUAGCAAAUAAAGACAUGGAACCAGAGAUGGUCUGUAUAGACAGCAGUGGAAGAUCAAGUGGAAUGGGAAUGAUUGGACAAGAUGGCUUCCUAUUUAAAGUUUCCUUAGGUCUAAUAAGAAAACUCCUGGCUCCCAAAUGUGAAAUAAUUCAGGAGUUGUCACAAUUGUACCCAUUCGAGCUGGUGUUGGGAAUGAAUGGAAGAAUAUGGGUAAAAGCAAAAACAGUUCAACAGACUUUAAUUAUAGUAAAUAUUUUGGAAGCUUGUGAGUAUAUGACUGCAGAACAGAGAAAACAAGCACUUGCCAAAUUGUCAGGGAAGUGAUAACAGAAAACCUUGAAGAUUUGAGAUGACUCGGGUGUUGUGGUUAUUUUUGUAUUCAGAUUUAUAUUAAAAGCC